AUGGAGGAAAUAUUACUUUUCAUUUUAUUCGCAUUAUCUACAGGCUCGUUUAUGUACAUGUUAGUUUGCACAGAUUCUAAUUCCAAAACUCCUAUGGGAAUGAUUAGAAGGAAAGUAUAUACUUAAGGCCCUUUUAUUUUAAAGUACAAAUUGACUCAUUAAAAAGAAAAUUAUUAGGAAAUAAAAUAUUCAUGAAACUUUCAGGUUUUUACAAUUAUGUUUUUUACACAAAUAAUCGAUUGGGAUAGAUUGCAUACAUUUUAAUAUUCUGGAUGGUAUUUGCAAUGUAUACUAAAUUUGGAUUACUUAAACAUUUUGGUAAUACACCUUAUGUGAGUCAUAUACAUUCUAUUUGUGGUAGUUUAAUAUUUAUAUGCUGCAAUUACUUUUUCUUUAAAACAUGCCUUACAAGUCCAGGAAUAGUAAAUAAAGAAAAUAAUAAUGAAUAUAUCAAGAAAUACUAAUAAUACUAUGAUGAAAUAUAAUAUAAAUAAAAUACUACAUGUACAACAUGUAAUAUUAUUAAACCAGCAAGAAGUAAACAUUGUCGAAUAUGUAAUGUUUGUGUAAGUAAAUUUGACCAUCAUUGUAUUUGGGUUAGACAAUGUAUUGGAUAGAAUAAUUAUAAGUACUUUCUACUAUUUUUAUUCUCUCAUAUAUUUUUAAGUCUUUAUGGGGUAGUUGCUGGAAUAUUUUGCUUAUUAGGAAUAGCAAAAAAGUAAUCACUAUUUAAAUUAACAUAUAAAAAUGCAGUAACUGGAGAAAUUAAUUAAGCAACAUUUUUAAGAGUAUUUACUGUCAUUAGUAAUAGAGAGACAUUUUUUGUAUUCAUAAUAUUUGUGUGCCUCAUUUUUUUUGUCGUUCUCACUGCAUUUUUCUUAUAUCAUCUAAAUAUGAUUAAAAAGAAUCUAACUACAAAUGAGAGAAUUAGAAAAAAUGAUUUUGAGAAAUCAUUCCUCUAUGAAAUGUAUGAAUUAAAAGAAUUAGAAAAAAGAAAAAAAGAUGAAGAAUUAUCCAAGAGACUUGCUUAAUUGAAGUAAUGUUGGAAUUCUUUAAAUAAAAAAAAAGGCUAAGGACUUUUAGAGGGCUUGAAAAUUAUAUUUUAUUAAUCUGAUUGA